AGUCUGAAGACAAUGGACAGGUCCAGCCAUUCCAGAGUAUCUGAGUUUGUGUUACUUGGACUUACAGAUUCUCCUGAGCUCCAGAUAUUUUUCUCUGUGGUAUUUUCCAUUUUCUAUUUUAUGACCACAUUUGGCAACUGCCUGAUUUUGCUCACCAUUCUGUCGACCUCACAUCUGCACUCUCCCAUGUACUUCUUGCUCAGCAACCUGUCUCUUAUUGACCUGUGUCUGUCCUCCUUUGCCACACCAAAGAUGAUCAUGGACUUCUUUGCUCAGCGCAAGACCAUUUCCUUUGAGGGCUGCAUUUCGCAGAUCUUUUUGCUGCACCUUUUCACUGGGACUGAGAUUGUACUGCUGAUUUCCAUGUCUUUCGACAGGUAUAUUGCCAUAUGUAAACCUCUCCAUUAUUCAACAAUUAUGAGUCAAAAAGUCUGUAUUGGGCUUGUGGUAACUUCUUGGACAGUAGGCUUCCUGCAUACAAUCAGCCAGUUAGCAUUCACCCUCUAUUUGCCCUUCUGUGGUCCCAAUGUUAUAGAUAGUUUCUUUUGCGACCUUCCUUUGGUCAUCCAGCUGGCUUGUGUAGAUAUAUAUGCUCCUGGGAUCUUCAUGAUCUCGACCAGUGGUGUGAUUGCUCUUGUAAGUUUUCUGCUUUUGCUCACCUCCUACAUCAUUGUUCUUGUCACUGUUAGGGAUCACUCCUCCACAGGAUCAUCUAAGGCUCUUUCUACCUGUACUGCACAUUUUAUAGUUGUGCUAAUGUUCUUUGGGCCUUGCAUCUUCAUUUAUAUGUGGCCUUUCACAAACUUCCUGGUGGACAAGAUUCUCUCUGUUUUCUACACCAUCUUUACCCCUUUUCUGAAUCCACUUACAUAUACUUUGAGAAACAAGGAAGUGAAGAUAUCAGUCAAGAAACUGAGCUAUCAAUAUUUCAAUUUUGGGAAAAUUAUUCCACAAUAUCCAGUGCAAUGA